GACAAUGUUACGAAUGCGCUAUCGCUCCAGGACAAUAUGUCUUUCCUUGGCCUUCUUCACCGUUUUCUUCCACCUCCUGCUGGUGCUUGUCUCUCUUCCUAUUAACCAGCAGUCCUGUGACCCCCCGCUGACCCCCAGGACCAACAUCCUGAGAGAGCUGGCCCACAAAGACCAGUCCUCAGUGGGGAGCGAUGGUCCAGCUGAGGCCUCCACUGGGAGACAGGCGUACAGUAAGGAUGCCAGGAUGGAUUCCAGGAAGGAUGCUAGUAAGGAUACCAGAGGUGGAUUUGACCCGAUGGACGUGUCCUCUGUCACUGAGCGAUCUCUGGAGUCUGAUCAGAGGAAGAUGGAGGCUCUUUUUGAUCAUCCUCUCUACAACAUGCCCGGCCUCCCCGUCCCCGAGGAGGACCGGCUGCUGAAAGUCAAACCAAGAGUCCAUUCCAGUGACAAGAGCUCCCAGAUGUGGGUGAGUGUGAGUGAGGAGGAUAACGAGGACGUCCGGUGGAACAGCAGCAGUGACUCUCACCCCCCCUGGCUGCGCUUCCAUCUUGGUAUUUCCCGCUGGCAGCUGUUCGCUCACCGGGACCAGAACAUGGCGACGCUGACUCAGCAGAUCGCCACGCAGAAAGUCGUCAGCGCAGUGCAGAAGUCCGGGGGGACGCAGCUGAAGCUGGUGAUGACAUUCACAAACUACGGACAGGCGCUGCUGAAGCCCAUGAAGCAGGAGAGAGAUGAAGAAACCAACUACAACCUGUACUACUUCUCAGACUUUGAGAGACACAACGCAGAGAUCGCAGCGUUUCACCUGGACAGGGUGCUGGGCUUCAGGAGAAUUCCCCCUGUUGUUGGGAGGCUGGUGGAUGUUGUGGAGGAAAUUAAGGACGUGACGACAGACCGUAAACUGGCUCGGACCUUCUUCACUUCCCCAGUGGGCAGUGUGUGUUUCUACGGCCAGUGUUCGUACUACUGCUCCACGGAGCACGCAGUGUGUGGUCGGCCCCGCCUGAUGGAGGCCUCUCUGGGGGUCAUGCUGCCCGACCUCUCCCUGGCCCCCCGCCGCACCUGGAGGUCCCCCUGGAGACGCUCCUACAGCCGCAGCAAGAGGGCCAAGUGGGAGACAGACCCAGAUUACUGCUCCUCAGUGAAAAAGACCCCUCCAUAUAACAAAGGCACGAGGCUGCUGGACUUCAUGGAUAUGGUGAUUCUGGACUUCCUGAUGAAUAUACCAGCGUAAAUGUAGACCUCCAACACACCGUUUGUAUUAGCUAACCUCCUGAUGGUGUUCACAGAGAGGUGAGCAGCAUGUUAGCUAACUCAGAGAAGAGAUCCCCGGAUGGA